AUGGCAAGAGACAACCAAACCGGCAUCUUUGAGUUUCUCCUCUGGGGACUCUCAGAGCGGGCAGAGCAGCAGCGCGUCCUCUUCCUGCUGUUCCUGUGGAUGUAUGUGGUCACCGUGGUUGGGAACCUGCUCAUUGUCCUGGCCAUUGGCACUGACACGCGUCUCCAUACGCCCAUGUACUUCUUUCUUGCCAGCCUGUCCUGUGCAGACAUCCUUUUCACCUCCACCACUGUACCCAAGGCCCUGGUGAACAUUCAGACCCAGAGCAAUUCCAUUUCCUAUGCGGGAUGCCUGACUCAGCUCUACUUCUUCUUGACCUUUGGAGACAUGGACAUCUUUCUCCUGGCCACAAUGGCCUAUGACCGCUAUGUGGCCAUCUGCCACCCUCUCCACUAUACCAUGAUUAUGAGCCGCCAGCGCUGCACCCUCCUAGUUACUGCCUGCUGGACUCUUACGAAUCUUGUUGCCAUGACCCAUACCUUCCUCAUAUUCCGACUUUCCUUCUGCUCUAAGAAGAUCAUUCCUGAUUUCUUCUGUGAUCUAGGACCCCUAAUGAAGGUGUCUUGCUCAGACACUCAGGUCAAUGAGCUUGUGCUCCUCUUCUUGGGGGGAGCAGUCAUUUUAAUCCCCUUUAUGCUCAUCCUAGUCUCUUAUAUCCGCAUUGUUUCAGCCAUCCUGAGGGUCCCCUCUGCCCAGGGUAGGCUCAAGGCCUUUUCUACCUGUGGGUCCCACCUUGCUGUUGUUGCGCUUUUCUUUGGGACGGUGAUCAGGGCUUAUCUGUGCCCCUCGUCCUCUUCCUCUAACUCAGUAGAAGAGGACACAGCAGCUGCUGUCAUGUACACAGUGGUGACUCCCCUGCUGAAAAACCUGCGGAACAAGGACAUGAAGGGAGCCCUGGGGAGACUUCUUUGGGGCAAAGUCUCCUUCUUGUGGGGCUAG